AUGGAGGUGAAGGUGUCUGUGGACGGUGUUCCACGUGUGGUCUGUGGAAUUACAGAAGAAACAACAUGCCAAGAAGUGGUCAUAGCGUUGGCUCAAGCGCUGGGUCAGCCUGGACGCUACACAUUACGGGAGAAAUUUAAAGACUUUGAGAGGUGCAUGACACCUGAUGAACGCCUCCUGGAGACUCUUGAGAAAUACGGUGAGCAGGCCAGGGAGGUUCAGCUCACGCUUCUCCACAACGGACCCUCUGCCUUGGAUGAAAUGACCAGAACAAAAGUUGGCAGACACCAACCUUGCCCCCCACUUAGGAGAAAAGAGGCAGCCACUAGAAUGCGGCGAGGCAGUGAUUCACUCAGAAUCAAUCGCAGAAGCUUGCCACCAUUGUCCUGUUUGAGACAAGAAGCUGAGCAGCAACAAGAGGACGUGAAAAGGCCUAAAAGAAAGUCUUUGACACUCAUGGAGGAGGCCUGGGAAUGGCUGGAGAAUCUGGGGAAAGGCAGGGUUUACAGUACUGCCAGUGAUAAGGAAAGCAGCAAGAAGACUGAUAAAAGGAGCAAUACCUUUCUGGAUGUUUCUCUCACUGCUGACAAAGAUAACUUAGGUCGAAGUAGUAGAAGCAAAGUCAGAGGUCAGAAAAUAUUGAAGUCAGACUUGGAUAAUCAGACAUCCUGCUGCAUGGGAAGUCAGGCGAGGGUUAAAGAAAGCAAAUAUUCCAAGAAAACUCAAGGAGUAAAACCUGAUUAUAUAUCCAUUUCAAGCUGUGCUAUAGCUGAAGAUGAGAGAAAUGAUCUAAGAGAAACCAUAAUAUGUCAGCUCAGCUGUUUGCAAGACUUACAGGUACAGAUAGAACAAGUGGACCAACAGAUUUUAGAGCUUGAGGAGCGACAGAGGGCCAGACAAGCUGAACAGGAGGCCCAGCAGAGAAUGAUUGAAGAUGAGAUGGAGCAGAUACAGUUUUGGGAGAAUGAGCUGAAGGCAGAGGAGAGUUACGAGAGAGAUCUGCAAAGUCAGUUCCUUGAGAUGAGGACCAAGGCUGUGGAGUGCAAGACCAAGCUGGAGGACUAUAAGUGCAAAAUGCAAGGACUUGGUUUCUUCACCACUCAAAACAAUGUUCAAGAGGAUUCAGGGAUGGUUUCAAAAGUGGGUGCAAAUGCGGACACUGAGAUUUCAGUUGAUUCAACUCAGGAACUAUAUCAGGAACAAUCUGAUCCAGAUGGGGAUGUAAAUAUUAACAGGAAGUUCUUGCCCAGGGAAGACUUUAACCCACCUCCUGCUCUGACUACUCCCAGCCAGAUAAGGGAGAGACGGCCCACAGGGCCCACUGAGCUCAGGGAGUGGUGGACACGCUGGUCUGAAUCCCAAAUCCCCAAACCACAGACUAAAAAGAAGGUGGUACAUCGCUCUGAGCUCACUAUAUAUCUAGGCAGUACAAAGGUUUAGUCAAAUUAAGAGCUUAAGAGAAGACAUAUAUUAAAUGUAAUGUAUGCUUCAUUGUACUCAGUGGUAAUUUGCUAUUUUAUUUCUCAUGUGGCAAGGCUCUGG